CCACAUGCACUUGUUUAUAAAUUCACCUCUCUAGUGUACACUAUCACAACAACAACAACAACAACACUCAGUAUCUUCAUCUCUUCUCCUAAGAAAGCAUAUAUGGGUAAGUUAUUUUUGGCCCUCUUAGUAUUUCUCGCACUCUUUUAUUCUGUACUAUCAUGUCCCUAUUGCCCAACACCUGUUCCGCCGAUAGUACUACCGCCGCCGCCGCCGCCACCGUCCACGUUAGUGCCCUGCCCCCCUCCGCCCCCUAGACGGGGGCCAACCUGUCCUAUCGACACUCUGAAGCUGGACGCUUGUGUGAAUAUCCUAGGCGGGCUAGUAAACAUUGUGAUUGGGGGCGAGGGGCAGGCGACGGACGCCUGCUGCCCCGUCCUCGAAGGCGUCGCGGACUUAGACGCGGCUCUCUGCCUUUGCACCUGCAUUAAGGCCAACCUUCUUAACAUCAACAUACUUCUCCCUAUUGCUAUUGAGGUGCUCUUGGAUUGUGGGAAACAUAUUCCUUCAGAUUAUCAGUGUCCUGGGUAUUAAAAUUAUUACUAGGUAUAUUUAUGAAGCUUGUGCUUUUGGCUUAUUUAUUUACAUAAAAGGUUUUGUAUCAUUGCUAUGGGUUUCAAAUUUUCUAAACUAAGGCUUUGUAAUGUGGUAGUAGAAGUGGUAAUUUUGUAAUAAAAGGCCAUGAAGGAGGCCAAGAAAGGUAAUUAAUAUUAUUUGAAGUGCACAACUA